AUGAAGAGACAGAACGCGCGGACUUUGGCUCUCAUCGUCAGUAUCCUCACUUACCUGGUGGUGGGAGCGGCGGUGUUUGAGACCCUCGAGUCCAAACGGGAGAAAAGUCACAAGCGGAGACUGGACGCGCGGAAAUACGAGCUGAUGCGUAAACUGAACUUAACCAAAGAGAACUUCGAAGAGCUGGAGACUGUGGUGCUGCAGCUGAAGCCGCACAAAGCCGGGGUGCAGUGGAAGUUCGCCGGGUCCUUCUACUUCGCCAUCACUGUGAUCACAACCAUAGGCUAUGGCCACGCCGCCCCCAGCACAGACUCAGGGAAAGUCUUCUGCAUGUUUUACGCUCUGCUGGGGAUCCCCCUCACCCUGGUCAUGUUUCAGAGCCUGGGCGAACGCAUCAACACCUUUGUUCGCUACCUUUUGCACCAAGCCAAGAAAUGCCUGGGCAUGCGUCGAACCGAGGUCUCCAUGGCCAACAUGGUCACGGUGGGCUUCUUCUCCUGCCUUAGCACCCUCUGCGUAGGCGCCACCCUGUUUUCUCAGUCAGAAGGGUGGAGUUUUCUUCAUGCUUUCUACUACUGCUUUAUCACACUAACCACGAUUGGAUUUGGAGAUUAUGUAGCUCUUCAAAAGGAUGACGCUUUGCAAAAUGACCCACGAUACGUGGCUUUCUGCUUUGUCUACAUCCUCAUGGGGCUGACAGUGAUAGGGGCCUUCCUGAAUUUGGUUGUGUUGAGGUUUUUGACAAUGAAUAUGGAAGAUGAGAGACGGGAUGCCAAGCAGAAAGCGCUCAUGACAAUCAACAAACCAAGAGCCGAGCUUAUGGAACCAGCCGAGGGAGCUGUGGGUGAACUCUGUUCCAACAUGGAUCCCAGCGCUGCAGCUGUGAACGCACUGUCUCAACAUCGGAAAGUGGUUCUGUUGCUCGGUGGCGCAGGAGCAGCGCUGCUCUUUAUAGCAGCAGGUUAUAAAUACCUGCGAAAGCCAGAAAAACUCGUGCGUGUGGGCGUCGUGUCGCAGCUUCUCGUUCAUCCGCUCAAAUCUGGAAAAGCGCUCUCCGUGGCUCUGGCAGAGUGCCUCAGAACCGGCCUCAAGUUUGGAGAGCUGCAGGAUCGGCACUGGUUGGUGGUGACGGAGGAUGGCCACAUGGUGACGGGGCGUCAGGAGCCUCGUUUGGUCCUGAUGAGUCUGACCUGUGAAGGGGGGCAAGUGUGUCUGAACGGGCCCAACAUGGAGGAGCUCAAGAUCCCCAUCAACAACCCCACCCACAGGGUCACGGACUGCAGAGUGUUUGGAUCAGACGUUCAAGGUCGAGAUUGUGGAGACGCAGCUUCGUCUUGGCUCACUCGUUAUCUCCAGGCACAAAAGACCUAUCGUUUGGUGCACUUUGAACCUCACAUGAAAGCCAGAAAACCGCCCGAGGCAACGUUCCCAGAGGAUGAGAUGGUGGCGUACCCAGACUGUGGCCCUGUGAUGCUGCUCUCCGAAGCCUCCGUGAAGGACCUCAGCAGCAAACUGGAGAAGGACGUGACUGUGGAGCGUUUCCGGCCAAAUAUCGUCAUCGGUGACUGUGAGCCAUACGAUGAGGACUCUUGGGAUGAGAUACAGAUUGGCAGCGUGCGACUGAAGCGUGUGAUGGCGUGUGGAAGGUGCAUUUUCACCACAGUUGAUCCAGAAACUGGCAUCAUCACCCGGAAGGAACCUUUGGACACACUGAAAAGUUAUCGUCUGUGUGAUCCGUCGGAGAAGCACCUUUAUCAAACCUCUCCACUUUUCGGGCAGCUGCACACAGUGAAGAAAACAGGAAUUCUACAGGUUGGAGAUGAAGUUUUCAAGGUUGUUCACUGA